AUGGCACCUUCUGCAUUCUAUGCCAGUGGUUUCAAUGCCUUCGGUCACCUCUCCUCCGACUCCGAUAAAGACCUCACCGAACCCAGAGAGCUGGCAUCCUUCCAGGACGGCGACACCGCCAAACUUCUUUUCGCUGGCUGGAGCGAGACAACCUUUUAUCAGCGAGGCAAGAAGAACGGUUCGAUCUUGAGACUUGGCAGCACCAAGAUCACUCAGGAGGCCCCGCUGCCUGAUCUCGUCACUGGAUUUGGCGAUCACAAUGGCCUCCUUGGUAUCCUUAGUCGCAAAGGGGGUGUUGCGUUCACCGAAGAGAAUCAGGUCGAAGCACAUAAAGCAACAGCAGACUCACUCUCAGAUGAAGAAACGCCAGGUAUCGCCUACUUGGCUGUAGCAGGCAAUGGCCAUGUCGCUGUUGUUCUCACCUCUGCCAGUUCACCUCGAAGCAGCAUCCUGGAGUUCACAUCUUUCGAUAGAUUCCGCCAAUGGUUCGACGAUGAAGUCAAUGACCUUCAUGGACCCACCUUCGAUCAUACCGUUCCAGGACGCAUAGCUCAGUUGGUCGCCAAUGUGACAGGCUUCGUAUGUCUGACGCAGGACGGCAAUGUAUAUACCUGGGGUGAUGCAAGGCAUAGCUCGUUGGGUCGCAGCGUUGCUGAGACACAAGCUAAAAGUCCAGGCUUGGUCGACUCUCUUGCCGGUAUCCAGAUCAAGAAGAUUGCGUCUGACGGUUGGGUGACGGCAGCAUUGUCGACAGAUGCUGCGGUAUAUAUUUUCGGCACAGGCACACCUGGAACGCAGCACUCGCUCUCCUGUCUGGACGGACUCAACUCAAUGGAAGCAGCAUUGGUGGAUAUCGAGGACAAGGCAGAAUCUCUGGACUUCCUGGAUGUUGCAGUGGGUGAUGGACAUGUCUUGCUUUUGGCUCAAGAUGGCCGUGUCUUUGCCGCUGGGGACAACCGCAAUGGUCAACUAGGCCUUGGUCAAAAGUCCUCGACUUACAUCAAAGACUGGCGAGAGGUCAUCAUGCCAGAUCAGCGCUGCUGCAUUGCAGUGGUCGCAGGUCCCAAAUCAUCGUUCUUCCAACUUGCUGAGAGCUGA